AUGGGUGGAUUCUUGCAAGGAUGGGACUGGCGGCUGUUGGUCCAGACUUCGGCAGCGGUGGCGGCAACAGCAGUGCUUGUCAAUGAGCUCUAUCGCCUGCUCCAGCACAGGGACAGCUCUAGCCACCUAACCACACUAUCACCACGAACACGAGGCGUGGAGUCGCUAAUCGGAAACACGCCCGUGAUCGAGAUCAAGUCACUUUCCAGGCUCACGGGAUGCAAGAUCUAUGCCAAGCUCGAGUUGAACAACCCCGGAGGAAGCGCCAAAGACAGGGUGGCGUUGGCCAUCAUAAGAGCUAACGAACGAGCGAGAAAACUCCGGCCCCACCACGGCGACUUGAUCUUCGAGGGCACCUCAGGGUCCACAGGCAUCUCGUUUGCCAUGCUAGCCAACGCAUUGGGCUAUCAGGCCCACAUCUGUCUACCUGACGACACGUCCCCCGAAAAGCUCCAGUUGUUGCGCUCACUUGGAGCCGUGGUGGAGCCUGUCAAGCCAGCAUCGAUCGUGGACCCCAACCAAUACACCAAUGCAGCUCGGAACGCAGCUGCUAAGAUCGAUGCCGACCCCAACGACCCCAGAAAUGCUGUAUUUGCCGACCAGUUCGAGAAUGACGCCAACUGGCGCAUCCAUUACGACACCACAGGCCCAGAAAUAUGGACCCAGAUGGACGGAAACAUCGACGUGUUCAUCAACGGCUCCGGCACGGGCGGAACGAUCGCAGGAGUCGCCAAGUACUUGAAGCAAAAGAACGAAAACGUCCGCAUAGUGUUGGCAGACCCCCAGGGCUCGGGUUUGGCCAACAGGGUCAACUACGGGGUGAUGUACGACUCGGUGGAGAAGGAAGGAACUAGAAGGAGACACCAAGUCGACACCACGGUCGAGGGUAUCGGCUUGAAUCGCUUGACUUGGAACUUCAAGCAGGGCGAAUCGUUAAUUGACGAGGCCAUCAGAGUCACGGACGACCAGGCGUUGAAAAUGGCAAAAUACUUGUGUAUCAACGACGGGUUGUUCUGGGGCUCCUCUGCAGCAGUCAAUUGUGUUGCAGCCGUGAAGACAGCAUACAAAUACGGUCCUGGCCAAAAAAUCGUGGUGGUUGCAUGUGACUCGGGUGCCAGACACUUAUCCAAAUUUUGGAAGUUGGCCCAACAACAGAACGACGAUGUCACAAUCGAUGAUAUCUUAGCAUAG